AUUUUGAAUAAACAUCGGGCAUUAAAACUUAUGCAACAGUCCGAUCAAAGUUUACUCUUAACUUGUUAAUGUGAAGAAGCAUUGGAUUGGGCGGCAUUUUUUUAAUGUGGUUCGGUGGAAAAUUCAAUUAAAACUGUGGCGAUACAUUGGUCUAACAGCAAUAAUCCUUGGCAUCGUUCCUGAAGGAGAGCCCUCUACCCGUGAAAACUUGAAGAACACCCAUUAGCAUUGCUCCUGAGUAGUGAAAUGGCGCAGCAGUCGAUGAUAUUUAAAAGGUUCUCCGAGAUCCAAGUGGACGUUGAUGGUGGAAUACCAGUUCUUCCUUUCUUAGAUGCCUGCUCGGCAAUCCUACCUUUCUUUGAUGUACUCGGUACAACCGCUUUUGCACCCAUGAAGUCGGAUAUUUCAGGUAAUAUUCAGAAAAUACGAGCAAAGUUUUUGUCCUCAGAAGGGGUAUACAGGACUUUGCAGGAUAUGGUGCAAAAAGAGAUUUUAAACAAAAGUACGCAGGCCAAAAACUCAAUUACCGAAGCCUUGCUGUGGUUGAAAAGGGCUGUUGGAUUUCACCGUGAAUUUCUUCGUGAAUUCUUAACUGGCGAGGAGGACCUCGUUAAAGUGUCUAAAAAAGCAUACGAACUUACACUCAAAACGUACCAUGGAUGGAUGGUCCAAGGAAUAUUUUCGUUGGCCAUGAAGGCUGUACCACACAGAGACAACUUCAUAAAGAGGCUAACGUCUGCGGAAUAUGGCACGCCAAAUGUCAAAGAAGAACAACUAUUGAGUGAUGUAAAGAGCUAUGUAGAGGACAUUACACGAAUAACGGAUAUUUUACAAACAUAUUAUCUAGAGAAAAAUUUGGACAACGAUACCAAGGUGUAGUCUUGGCAAAACAUCUAAUAUGACAAUGCGUUCACUGGCGUAGGUCUUUCGCAUAACGUUACUACUUAAGAUGUCCCUCGGCGUUUAUAGUAA